CAUCAAUUAUUUACGCUAUAAAUAAUGCUAAUUUGUCCCAAGACAUGUUGAUUUUCCGUCCUCUUGCAUACACUCCAAUGCGCCAUCUGCCCCUUUAACGAUUUGUAAGGCAUUGAUGUAUCACAGCAGACCAGUACUGCACUGCUUUUCUUUCUCCUAUAGCUUGUGAUUGCCCGCGAUUCAAUUCGACAUCGGAAUCUAUAAAGAAAAACAGGGAAGGACGGACUUCGGCACAAUAAGUUAUGCUGCUAUUUGUCUGUUUGAACUGAGCAUGCGCGGAAAGGCCUAGAGGGUGUAGGUAAACAGCACAAGUUCAAAUAAUAAUUUGUUGUGUGUGAGAAAACAGGUAAACGCUUAAGAAAACUUUACAAUUCAGUGGAAUGAAAAAGAAUCACGUUAGAUUGUUGAUGAAACGGAUUAAAUUCUCAUUAUUUUUAGACACGAAGGGAGAGAUAUCAUUUCAUUCUCCUUACAAGCAGCGGACAACUAGCGUUACUUAGGAUGAAUUUUUCUUUAAGAUUUAAGUGUAAAUGAAAAUAUAAAGAAAAAUGAGAACGUUUUCAUUCACUGUGAUUUAAAUGUGCUGUUUUAUUUUUAACCUGGAUCAUACGAUGUUUAAUAUCCGUGUGUGGAAGAAGUAAAAUUAUACAGGUGUUUAAUUAACUUAAAAAAUAAACAAAAUCCAGUUAGAAGGAAUUCUUCAUCUAUUUUGGAUGUAAAAAAAAAAGUGAGACUGUUUUUCUAUGCAUAUGCAUAUUUGACAACGCCAAAGGUUGUGAAUAUUAAACUUGGUAUGUAAGUUAAAGGAUAUUUAUCGAAUAUACACAGAAGUGUUUGUUCCAAACUUCUCGCAAAACGAAAACUCGGGAUCGAUCUAAAGUCGCUAAAUGUUUGCCAAACUAACACUUGAAGAAGAAGGGGAACAAAAGCUUAACGGCGUAUUCUACCGGUGCCAAACAGUAUAGACCAAAAGGACCGGAACAUUGCAGGGAAUGGGCUGAAUUCUUCAAUGUUUGCUCAAGAAUUUAAUCAAGUGAGUGUGCAAUUGCCAAUGCCAAACCAGGAGACGUCGUGUUUCAAUUCUUUGAUUGAAUAUGGUAACAAAUUUUACUUCGUUUAACUUGAAUUCAACAACCGUUGCUGUAUCUUACGAAUUGCUGAGCAAUGUUACUAGCAUAAACAACAUCACGGAGUCGUUACAGAAGGAAGAGGCCACUGGAGAGGCCUAUACUCUAGCAGAGAGCAUCAUAAUAGGGACAAUUUUGUCUCUGUUCAUUUUUGCGGCUGUUUUUGGAAAUGUGCUCGUGUGUGUGGCUGUGUUUAAGGAUAGAAGACUCAGACAUCGGACAUAUGCUUUCAUAGUCUCUUUAGCUAUAGCUGAUCUGCUAAUGGCCUUGUUAGUUAUGACAUUUGCAGUCGUCAACGACAUUUUAAACAAGUGGGUUUUUGGACCUGUCUUCUGUAACAUUUGGAUUUCUUCCGAUAUUAACUGCUCUACAGCAUCCAUCUUAAAUUUGUGCGCCAUAAGUCUGGACAGAUACAUUCACAUAAAAGAUCCAUACAAAUAUAAAACUUUCAUGACUAAGAAAAUGAUGGUCAUCAUCAUAUCCACUGUGUGGAUUUCGUCCUUGACCUUGUCAUUUUUACCAAUUCACUUGCAAUGGCAUCGCAAUGCGGAAGACCGAUACAAACCUAUUCCAGAAAACGUUUGUUUGAUGGAUCUCAACCCUGUGUAUUCUGUAGUUUCAUCAACCAUUAGCUUUUACUUACCCUGUAUUAUAAUGCUUAUUAUUUAUAUGCAGUUGUACUGUGCCGCACGAAGCCAUGUCAAGGAAAUACGCAAGACAAGUUUUCACAUGCCAAACGGCGGUAAAGGAGGGGGAUCCGGGUCCAAGGACCACAAAGCUGCCGUGACUUUAGGAAUUAUUAUGGGUGUUUUUCUGUUGUGUUGGAUGCCUUUCUUUGUGAUGAAUUUGGUGGAAGCAUUUUGUAAGUGUGUUCCUAUAGUGAUGUUUAAAAUUUUAACUUGGCUGGGAUAUGUGAACUCAUGCUUAAACCCAAUCAUUUACAGUAUCUUUAACAAAGAAUUUAGGCACGCUUUCCGAAAGAUCCUCUUUCCCGAUUCAUGUAAAUGCGUGAGACCUAAACGCAAUAGUUAUGCACAGAGUAGUAGGUCAACAACCAAAUCUUUAAUUCCAAAAUCGGAGUAUAUCAUGCAUUCGAUAGAAAACGGGAACAGGAGGGAUUGCAAAGAACCUUUAUGUGCAGAGGCCACACCUCUUUAGUUACACGUGAUAAAAGUGAUUGAAGGGGUCAAAGGUGUGCUCGAUUUUCUUUACUCGUUAACACUGAUAUUAAUGGUAACAAAACCGUUGCAAAGAGCUGUGAUUCAUUUUGUUUUGCAUGUUUUUUAUGUUCAGAUUUCCGAUAUAUAUGUAUAUAAGUGUGUAAUCCAAAUCAGAAUAGUUUACAUAG